CAGAACUUACAGUAAUGGCUAUAAAAAACAUGCCUCCGAAGUCCAGUGAGUCAAGAUAAUCUUCCAGUUUCUCAUCAUAAUGAAUGUUACGCCAGACACGUUUACUCUGUCCAGGUCAUUCAAUGUUACCGAGGUGAUUGCUGGAGGUCCCCACCCCUGGAGAACGGCCAUGAUCACUCUAAUCACUGUCCCCCUGUCAGCCAUCACCAUUGUGGGCAACAUCCUAGUCAUCAUCUCCUUCCGGGUGAACCCGCUCCUCCGGACUGUCAGUAACUAUUUCCUGUUAAGCCUGGCUGUGGCGGACCUCAUCCUCGGCACCAUCUCAAUGAACCUGUACACCACCUACAUUGUGAUUGGCCGCUGGAUUUUAGGGAAUCUUGCCUGUGAUGUCUGGUUGGCUGUGGAUUACGUGGCAAGCAAUGCUUCUGUCAUGAACUUGUUGGCCAUCAGCUUUGACCGUUACUUGUCUGUCACACGUCCUCUGACCUAUCGGACCAGGCGGACAACCAGAAGAGCGGCGCUGUUGAUCGGCCUGGCAUGGGGUGUGUCAUUUUUUCUUUGGGCACCGGCCAUCUUGUUCUGGCAGCACAUAGUAGGCGUGAGGACAGUUGCAGAGGGCCAUUGUUCAGUCCAGUUCUUGUCUCAGCCCGUGAUCACGUUUGGGACAGCCAUCGCUGCCUUCUACUUGCCUGUCAGCGUGAUGGUGGCACUCUACUGGCAGGUGUACCGAGAGACAGAGAGACGGUCAAAGCAGCUGGCCGGGUUAAUGGCAUCCGAGGGCAGUGACAAAAACAGACCAUGGCAGAGAUCCUCUCAUCAGAACUCCCAGAGUAGUAGCAGUCAUGUAAACCAGAACGAUCACAGAACCACGCAGCCAGAACCAGAACAGAACCCCACAAAUCUGUGUCCCCCUAUCACUCACUGCACCGCAGCCUGGUGGAAGAGGAGGAGGAAGCCAUGCCUCGAACCACCUUCGCACGCUGCAAACAGCCUCCCUCGGACCGGCACCGUCUGCAGUCUCCAAGUUGGGGAGGAGGAGCAGAACACUCCAUACAUUCACCUCGUUCCCAUGCUUGAAACUCGCCUGGACUCUGUGAAUGAUUCUGACUUUGAGUCUGAUAUCAACAUCGGACCCUGUCCCUCAGACAGCCUGCAGUCACUCGACCAGUCAGGUGGCCCCCUCGGCCUCUCUCCGGACGCUCCUUUGCAAGCUUCUCCUCUUUCACGGACAGCAGUACGGCAGAGCCGCAAGCCCCGUAGCUGGUCUCUGAUCAGGGAGAAGAAAGCAGCGCGGACCCUGUCUGCCAUCCUCCUGGCUUUCAUGGUGACGUGGACACCCUAUAACAUCAUGGUGCUGGUGUCUACAUUCUGCGAAGACUGUGUUCCUGAUGGACUUUGGAAGCUGGGCUACUGGCUCUGCUAUGUCAACAGCACGGUGAACCCUGUCUGCUAUGCGCUCUGCAACAAGCACUUCCGGGUCACCUUUAAGGCUUUGCUCCUCUGCGGAUGGAGGAAGCAAAAGAAGGGGAACAGUUUACAGGGCAGCUAAUAGCCCCCACUGGAAACUACAUCUAUACAUCUGUUAAGCCUUUUCUUGCCCACUGAUGUUAUGGAUAGAUUUUUGUAUUGAAAGAUACAAGAGAUUUGAUCUCACUCAAAUGCAAGCUUCUUUGAACUGGACCCAAGGUUGGAUGGUUUGCAAAUGUACCUUGCAGUACAUUUUUGUGGACACCAUGGGAGUUGGGGAGG